AUGACGCACGAACAAAAUAACGACGACGAGCUUUGUGUUUUUGGAUAUGGUUCGAAAAUCUACUCCAAAGAUGAGCAUUUUCAACGAAUAGCAGAAGAGCGGCACCUUUGUAAUUGGCUUGACACCGACAUUCGAACUGACAGAAUGUUGCUUCAUUCAAUCACCGAUGUGCACAAAGAUCCUUAUCCUGGCUCUCCCGAGUGCCCUUCUGAAGCGAUGGAAGAGGAGAUGUGUGAAGCGGAACGAUACAGAGAAAUGAAUCCGUUGGUUGAUGAAAAUAGAAGCGACAAGAAACGUGCGGAAGUUGCCUUCAGUUAUGACAAUCAAGCGAUAGAACCGAAGAAAGAGGAAGUUAUUGAAGAGGUUGACGAUAGUGGAAGUGACAGUGAGACGGAGCCCUUUGAAACCCCAGAGGGUGUAAAACUACCCAUGGGUUUGCAAUGUCCACCAAAUCAAAAAUUGAACCACAUAAUUCUUCGGACCGCGGGAUUUGUGGUUGAAAAAGGAGUUCAAAUGGAAAUUGUCAUCAAAGCAAAGCAGAGAAACAACCUUGAACAAUUCGGAUUUUUGGAAUUCGACGAUGGUCUCAAUCCCUACUACAAAUAUAUGAUGAAAAUGAUUCGCGAAAAAAAGUACACGGUGCCCGAUUUUGAGAAGCAAAAAAAGCUCAAGAAAAAGGCUAGCAAUAAGAAUUCGACUAAAUCAAGUUCAAAUAAUGCACAUAUCAAGGCUGAACCAUCAACUUCAGAUGACUCUGGAUCUGAAUCAGAUUAUGAGCUUCACCCACUUCUAAUGGCUUCAAUGAAUAAAUCUCCUGAAAAUAAAUCUAAACAUUUGAAUCAUCCCCAUAAGAAGCCAACGAGAAAAUCCAAUGACGAGAUUGACGCAUUUGAGUAUGAGAUGGAUAAAUCAAAUAAUAUGUACACCUCCUUAUUUAAAAGCUUAGCCGGCUUGAAAGGGCAUAAAGAAGAGAGCGAAGCAUCGCCAGAGGUUAGACGCUCUCCAACAUUGAUUAAAGAAGAACAUGGCGACCUCCAACAAGCAGCUCCUGAUGUGGAAUUUCAGAAAUGGUGGAGUUGGUUUUAUUCGUGCCCUUGUCCGAUUUCUCAUCCAGCACAAAUCGUUACGCCAUCACCCGAUGUUAUGCAACUUAUCGACAACUGGGCUCAAUAUGUAGCAAAACACGGGGCUGAAGGAGAAAAGCUUUUGAGAGAGCAACAUAUCAGUUCUGAUGCCAAUUUCAAAACUUUGAAAUUUCUUACUUCGGAUUCACCGUUUCAUUCUUACUAUCAGCAAAAGGUGCAGGCUUUCCAGCGAAGUUUCGGCAUUUAUCCACCUGCGAUCGAAAUCGGGCUUGUGAAGACGGAUAUGGUCUCUACUAGCAUUCAAGAUGCUAUGAACAACUUGAUGAAUGAAAUAGAAACAUCAGCUCCCCCACCGUCUCUUAAUCGCAAACAAAGGAGACGAUUACAGGAUGCUCCGCGUGUUUAUGCCUCAGUUCCAAUCCAAAUAAUUGACCCAAUUGCAACAACGAAGCAAAGUGCAUCACAAGCGGCAGAGUUUUCCUCUGUUUCGUUGAGGUUUACUCCGAGAAAGUUCGAUUCUCCUACAACUUCACAGAACAGUGAUAAUGAACCUACAACAACAAAUAGCAAAAUAGUGAUUCCACCCGCACCCCUACCGCCCAUACUCCAAAAUGAUAUUCAGUUGGAGAGAAAAGAAAAGGCUCGCCUUUUUAUGGAGAAGAUACUGAAAGAAAAGCAACAAAAGCGCAAACAAGAACAAAAGGGUCGAGAGUCACCAAAACUGGAAUCGAACUUGGCUAUUCUCAUCGAAUCUGGCAAUGACAAAGAACGAACGGAACAAAUUGCGUCAGCUAGUGAUCAACAACUUUCAACUAAUGGAACACAAAUACCCGAGAUUCUUGAUCCAAUUAAUGACAAGAAUUCGAAAGAAUAUAUUGAAAGCCUCAUAAAUAAAAAGCUCAACAAUCUACUUUCUUCAACGGCUGCAACAUCGACAUCCAAAUCAGCCAGCGCUAGUGGGGAGACGAAAGCUAAUAAUGGUUCCACCGAAGAACGGAAGCAUAGGAAAAGUUCUAAAAAGAAACGGUCUCGCUCUAGGUCUCGCUCACACACCAAAAGCAAAAGGCGAAGACGAUCAAGAAGUCGUAGCCGCAGCAGGGAUCGUCGGGAUUCGCGUCGUUAUCGG